CUAAUUACCAACAAGCGCAUAAUAAUGGAGACGCAGGGGAACAGAGAUUCAAAACAAGUAACAUAUACUUAAUUCAUUCUUAUCAAGCAAACAUGGGUGUGGAAUUGAAAGAAUAAUAAUAAUGUCAAAUUCCUUGUAUUAGUCUUGACCAUGUCACUAUAUAGUAACGGAGACAUUGUUACGCAAAUGUUCAAACAUGUUAAAACAGUUCAAAGUGUCCUAAGAUGUACCAUGUCUGUAACACACAUGUGGGGAAAAUGCGAGCGAAUGUAAACAACAAAGAUGGCUAUUCUGAUUAAUUGUUUGUUGUUCUGCUUCGGCCGUACCUAAAUAUGCCGCGUUGCACAUGCAACUCUGUCGUCAAAUAGGAAGCCCAUUUUGUGUAUGGUAGCUAUGCACUAUGCAGUCCAAACUCUUGCGUGUCGGCGAUACUGCGCAAGCGCAGUCCGUUUGUUUACUGCUCGUAUCAUAGCAACCGAAGUAUCCUAUCAAAAUGGUGGGGAAAGCAACAACAAUAAAAGAAGCCCUGACCAAAUGGGAGGAGAAGACUGGAGAGAAGAGCAGCGAGGCCACAGUUGUUAAGCUUUAUGGUCAGAUUCCCCCCAUUGAAAAGUUGGAUUCCACGCUUAGCAAAAUCCCUAAUUGCGAACAGCUGUCCCUGUCCACAAAUUGCAUUGAUAAAAUAACCAAUCUAGGCGACCUCAAAAAUUUGAAAAUCUUGUCAUUGGGUAGAAACAAUAUCAAGGCUUUUACUGGACUGGAUGCAGUUGGUGACACGCUAGAAGAGUUGUGGAUCUCUUAUAACCUGAUCGAGAAAAUGAAGGGUGUUCAUUUACUGAAAAAACUAAAGGUUCUCCAUAUGUCAAACAACCUUGUCAAAGACUGGGGCGAGUUUUCCAAGCUGGCUGAUCUGCCGUGCCUUGUCGAUCUGGUGUUUGUGGGAAACCCUCUUGAAGAGAAACACUCGCCCGAUGGAACGUGGACAGAAGAAGCGACUAAAAGGUUACCCAGACUGACCAAACUGGAUGGCGUUCCAGUUGUUAAAGGAGAUGUGGGUGAAGAUGACGACUGAUAAGCUGCAAAACUUCUCAUUGUUACUUGACCUUCUUCUAGAUUCUUCUCUGUGAAAUACCUUCAUUUGAUUUCAAUCCCACUCAGUUUAAAUAAAUGUGUUUUGCUUGA